CAGCUCGCGCUCCGUACUUUCAGUAUGUCUGUGUAUAUUGUGUUUACUUUAAGGUCCCGAUUUACAAGGUGAAUGAAAAUGUAAUGACACAAAGUGCGAAUGUGUAUUAAACCUGCUGGUAUUAUUUAUGCUGGGCAAUAAUGGGGAAUACGCAGAGUUACGUUGUUGCCUCGCUCUCUGUAUGUUCCGCGUAUUUUGCUUACGUUCACAUUUACUGUUCUUAUAAACUGUUGAAAACAAAUGCACUCAAGGACGAGAAACUGCCAAGUUUCGUGUAUCUUUACAUCAAAUAUGUGACCAAAGCUCUGACUCGGAGGAGAGGCUACUUGCACACAACAACUACAAAGAACAGUGAAGUUGUUUAUACGGUCCUCAACUGCAGACUGGAGACUCUUCUGUUGAGGAGGUUCUGCAGUGCUGCAGGGUAUGGCUGGGAUUAUCCAGACACCGAGUACAGAGACAUCCCUCUGUGCUUCCCAGAGAUCCUCUGCCGCAGACUGCUGCUCAUGGUGCUGACUGAUGAAAACUUCAGGCUCAGCCCAGCAGGUCUGGUUCGUUUGCGUCAGACUCUGAAAACCCUUGAGCCGGUUGAUGAACUGAAGAAGGGUCCGUUCAUGCUGCAGGUUCGAGUCCAGGGGUAUCGGCAAAUUGAUGCAGGGGUGGAGGUAGACAUCUGUCUGUCUGCCACUUCUCGUUCCGGAUGCCCAGUGUGGGAGAGCCUCCUAACACUGCUGUCCAAAAACAAGCUCCACAUAGCCAGCAGAUGCUUACCCAGGAGUGAACACGAAUGUGAGCAACAAUCAGGCCAACCAGAUGAGCCUGAGCCAGAAAAUGUGAAGCAGAUUGAGUUCAGAGUUCCCAGCACUACCGGCCUGCAGCGUGUAUGGUCCUUCUCUGACUGCUCCCCAUGUCGGCUGCUCUCUCUACCCACCAGGCUGAUUGGCUACAGAUGGCAGACCGCACCGAGUCUGUGGAUGCUAUCUGUCUGCCUGGCUGAAAUAGAAAAGCACAAAGGGGUUGAAGUCAUCACAGCUCCCGUCAACAUCACUGCCCAGUUUGAAGAGCCUCUGCUGGUUCCAGCCAUAGUGACCAUCAGGUUUUGGGAGACGACCAAAAACGGGGGACAGUCUCCUGCUCAACGCCUCAGCUUCCACAUGCAGCAACAUGGAAGCAACUUUUCCCACUUGAAGGGAUUGAUUUAUAGGUGACUGAUUGUUGAAAGUUUGUAAUUUUGUUAAAACACAAUAAAAAGCUGAUAUUGUACAUUUCAUGUUUUGUUCUGCUUCAAAUUGGAUAAAACAUCUAGUGUAGUUAGUUAGUCUGAGCAAUCAGCUUAUCAGAAUUCAACACUCAACUUUCUACUCAUAUGAUUACAAAUUAAGGCCUAUUUAUAGCAAUUAUGGAUUGAAUAUAUUCUCAGUCAAAAGAGCAUGUAUUAAUAGAGAGAUCUGCCUCUGGGCUACAUCUUGUAUUGUUAAAGGUGUUGUCAGCUUCAUUGAGUGCAGCUGCUUCAAUUCCUCUCAUUAGGCUUGAGAUCUCUUCUACUGACAAAGCAGGUAUUUUAGAUGAGAUGAGAUAUAUUGGAUAAUAUUAAAAAGGUCCAUGUCAUCCAAUAAAGAUAUUUUUUGUGUGUAAGACUAUACUGUACAUGUUAAUAGUAAAAUAAAAUGUCAUGUCAAUGUAAUUACAUGAGACACAAAAUUAGUUCUGGCAGAAAAAAGAAAUGCUCUGUGUGUCCCAGAACGUCACAGGCAGAAAAAGUGCAUAGAAAACCCCUUCAUAUUGAAAUAAAAGCUUGUAUGAUCUCUUUGCUUUCUGCCAGCACACUGCAGAGAUUGAAUAAAACAUAUUUCACUCUGUUAUUAAACACAUUACAUGCACAUACAAUGUAUUAAACCUCUUAAAACCCCACCUGAAUCCCAGCAGGAAAGAGUAGACGAGAAGGG